AAGCAGCCCUCACCUUCGAGUGGCCCAGAGGAGGUGACAGCAGCCUGCUCUGCACCAGCAUGGUCAUGGCUGGGCUGUUCAUCCUCAGCCUGGGAGGUUCCAUCCUGCUCCCAGCAGGCACCCAGGGGAACCAGAUCAUCGGGGGCAAGGCGGUGGCGCCCCACAGCCGGCCCUUCGUCGCCUCCAUCCAGAUGGACGGGCAGCACGUCUGUGGGGGCUUCCUGGUGUGGCCCAAGUGGGUGAUGACAGCAGCCCACUGCCUCAUUCCCAGGCGCAGCCCCUCGGUGUGGGUGGUUCUGGGUGCCCACAGGCUGGAGGAACCCGAGGAGUCCCAACAGAUCUUCAGCAUCACGGAGUCCAUCGCCCACCCGCACUACAACCCCCGCUCCGCGGACAACGACAUCCGUCUGCUCCGGCUGAACAGGUCUGCAACGCUGAACAAGUACGUGAAGCGGAUCCGCCUGCCCCCGCCACACGUCGACCUGAAGCCUGGCACUGUCUGCCAUGUGAUGGGCUGGGGGGACACCUCCAGCUACGGCGACCAGCCCACGGAGCUGAUGGAGACUGGCACCACCAUCAUCAAGAGGAGCCUCUGCCGAACCCUGUGGAGGGGCAAAGUGUCCCCCAACAUGCUGUGUGGGGCCAGUCCCAACGCCACGCUGCAGGGUGUCUGUGCGGGUGACUCUGGGGGACCCCUGAUCUUCAAGAGGAAGGUUUAUGGCAUCGUCUCGUUCUCUGGGGAGAGAUGUGGGGACCGUCGGUACCCCGACGUCUACACCAAGAUCUCCAAUUACAUCGCCUGGGUGAAUCACACCGUGCGAGGGCACCACCAGCAGAAGGGGUGGCCAAAGCCCUAACCAGGGCUGG